UUAGAUGGACAAGUAGUAAUAGUUAUCGUGGCCGGUUAAUAUCUGCUUUUUACCCGUGUAAAUCAACCGUAUUAAUGAGUUUUGUUCCGUAAAUACUCGCUUAAGUUCAAACCACCACUACAUCGACAACAUGGGCAAAGAUAGGCCAAAAAGACCAAACAAAGAACUCGACACCUCGGACGACUACCAUGAUUCUUCUGAUAUUUUGGAUCGUAUCCAGAGCAUGAUCGACGUCGCCAUCCAGCAAGUGUUGACAAAAAUAUCUGAAACCAAAGAAGAGCUGCAAUCUGAAAUCGCCACGCUGAGAGAUGAGAUGAGCAAAUACAAGCAAGAAUGCUCUCAGUCAAUACUAUCCGUCCAAGAAGAUCUCAAGCUCACUCAAAACAGAAUGCUUCAUCUCACUAAAGCCAACGAUCUGAUCAUCACCGGUAUACCGUUCCAAACAGAUGAGAGAUUGAACGAUAUAAUCUGCAAAAUUUCGCGUACACUCGGUUUCUCCGAUGAUGGUCUACCCUUGGUUCACGCCAGACGGUUGGCUCGCUUGCCGAUCAAGACGACUACUUCACCUCCUGUACUACUAGAGUUCGCCUUCAAGAGUGUUAGAAAUGAUUUCUACAGUCGGUAUCUGAAAACAUGUAACCUGUCGCUUACACAUAUCGAUAUCAACAUAAACCGGAGAAUCUACAUCAAUGAAAAUCUUUCGGAACAUACACGGAAGCUCAGAGGAGAGGUGCUCAAGCUCAAGCAGUCUGGAUUAGUACUUUCUACGUUUACGAGAGAUGGACUGGUGUUUGUGAAAACCGCUGCCGUAAAUGAGCCGAUGCUGAUUACCUCGAUCGACCAAAUAAAAACACCAAAUACAAACACCUGA